AACCGCCUACUACUUCCGUAAUUACCAAGAGAUGACACGAUAACCGUCAGAUAAUCCUAAACCCUAACUCAAAUACCUUUCAGAAACUUAACAAUCGCUUCAUUCACUCAAAUAAAUUUCUCUGAUUGUGUAGAAAUCUAAUUCGAAGCACGAAGGUUGGUUUUCUGUCUUUGUUUAAUCAUAGCCACCAUGAGAUUCAAGAAAGGAAGUAAGGUAGAGGUAUUUAGCAAAAAAGAGGUCUCUACUGGUGCUUGGCUAUGUGCUGAAAUAAUAUCUGGCAAUGGACACACGUAUAGCGUCAAGUAUGGUUCGUUUCUGGUGAGUAAUGAAGCAGUUGUGGAAAGGGUGCCUAGAAAGGCAAUUAGGCCUUGCCCACCUCCUAUGCAAGGGGUGUAUACUUGGGUUCCUGGUAAUCUUGUUGAGGCUUUUCACAAUCUCGCCUGGAAAACAGCAAGAAUUGUGAAGGUUAUGGGUAUGAACUACUUUUUUGUUAGAAUACUUGGAUCAUCCAAAGGUUUGCGGGUCCAUAAGUCUCAUCUGAGGGUUCGACAGUGCUGGCAAGAUGGCAAAUGGUUUGUGAUUGGAAAGGGUCCGGAGCAUGGCGCCAUGCCUAUGGAUAAAAGACAAUCAUAUGCGUGGAUAAAGCAAUAUGUUGGAGAUGAUUCCAGUCUGGUGGAGAAAAUGACUGACAUUCCAAAGUCUUGUGUGGUUUCAACUAGAACAUUGAAGAGAGGAUCACCAUUUGGCCUGUAUGAUCUAGAUGCUAAUUCAGUAGCUGCUCAAAAGAAGAGACUGAUUAUAAAAGAUGGUAGCCAUCAACAAAUUUUUUCAUUACACGAAUCUCCAACUUAUGAAAAGUGCAUAUCAUGGCCAAUGUGGGAGGCUUGCUUAAUUGUUUGCGGAGGCCUCAAGAUGAUGAUUCAUAGAGUAAAGCUUAUACUGGGCAUAGAUUGUUGGGCAACAUCCACACUUGAUUUCCUGCAGAAACUUGUGGCUGGCUGCCCAGGCCUUUGGUUAAAACAACGGUAAUCAAAAUCAUGAUAUAAAAGCAUGCUGCUGCAUUUAAUUCCAACUGCACUUCAGUUUCUUUAGCAUGCCUUAGGACUUUGGAAUUGGACAGAGUUUAGGCUGAUUAACAUGCUGAUGCUUCACAAGGAUAUGUGGCCAUUUCCAAGACUUCUAUAAAUUGUUUCUAGAAGUCUUCAGUUGAUGACGCAUGACAUUGACCACUGUACUCCUGUUACACUUGGGAGAAACAUCUCUAAUUGAUUUCCUAUGUCUUCUCAAGACUUCUAUAAUUAUUAAUGAUUAAUAAAAAAUCAACAUUUCAUAAUAUAGGACUCCUUAUAGUAUAUAUCUAGCAUUGGUUGAUGCUGAUUUUGUGUAUCCUCUGAUGGUACUUGUGUGGCUGCAAUAUCAUUUGCAAUCUGCCAUGGUGUACUAGUAUAUUUUUUGGUGGACAAUGAUGGAAGAAAGAAGGAUGCCUGCUUCCCGCAGCGAUAAAUUAAGUAUAUUGGUGCAAGAAACAUGCGCAGCCCACCACCAUUUGAACUCUGGAGAAGUAAAGUUAAAAGAAUUUUGUUGAAGUUGAUUGGUAAAGCUUUUCCCUGGAAGUUUAGAUUAUGUUUAUGCUUUAUCAUUAUUAUUACAAUGUUUUAUGGAACCAACAAUAUUGAUAUCAAAUGCAAGAUUUGCAGCUUCUGAUGUUGGCCAUAUGUAUCUUCUGCGCAUCAGAACUUUCACCAGGAGAUAAGCUUCUCAUUUUCAUUCUCUCUGUGCUAAAUGGAACUAUAAUUCAGUGAUUAAAUAUUCUACUGUGUUUGUUGCUUAAACUAGAGUUUCAAGUGAACAUGAAUUCAGUGAUCAUUAUUUGUACUUUCUAAUUUGAUACGGAAAAACAUUGGUAAUAGUGUGUAAUUAUUCACAGUAUUCAAAAUCUUUGUUUUUGCAAC